UCCCGGAAGUGCCCUCUAGGCCGGGCGGUGAAAGUGGCCGUCAGUACCUCCCGGAGCCAGGUCCGGGGAGGUGGUCCCUGAACAAUUCCCCUACGUUUCUUUUCGAUAUUCCCUGAGUCUUCCACACCCGCGUAGUGAGGAGACGCCUCCACCAUCAUGGGAGGUGGAGACCUGAAUUUGAAGAAGAGCUGGCACCCGCAGACCCUCCGCAAUGUUGAAAAAGUGUGGAAGGCUGAACAGAAGCAUGAAGCAGAGCGGAAGAAGAUUGAGGAGCUACAGCGGGAAUUGCGAGAGGAGAGGGCCCGGGAAGAGAUGCAGCGCUAUGCCGAGGAUGUCGGGGCUGUGAAGAAAAAAGAAGAAAAGUUGGACUGGAUGUACCAGGGUCCUGGUGGGAUGGUGAAUCGGGAUGAGUACCUGCUGGGGCGCCCGAUUGACAAAUACGUUUUUGAGAAGAUGGAGGAGAAGGAGGGGGGCUGUUCUUCCGAGACAGGACUCCUCCCGGGCUCUAUCUUUGCUCCAUCUGGUGCCAAUUCCCUGCUCGACAUGGCCAGCAAGAUCCGGGAAGACCCACUCUUCAUCAUCAGGAAGAAAGAAGAGGAGAAAAAAAGAGAGGUAUUGAACAAUCCUGUGAAAAUGAAGAAAAUCAAAGAAUUGUUGCAAAUGAGUCUGGAAAAAAAGGAGAAGAAGAAAAAGAAGGAGAAGAAAAAGAAGCACAAGAAACACAAGCACAGAAGUUCGAGUAGCGAUCGCUCCAGCGUGGACAAUGAGCCCAGCCGGGGGAGGUCUCAAAAGAAGAUGACAAAUUCCUUUCCUGUUUUGUCCAAAGUCCCUGGAUAUGGCUUACAGGUCAGGGACUCUGACCGUAACCAGGGACAGCAGGGUCCUCUGAUGGCUGGGCAGAAGGGAGUAUAUGGAAUGAAGAACCGUUCCAGGUCUAGAAGCUCCUCUCAUUCACCCCUCAGAUACACCAGCAAGAAGAGCAAUAGGGAAGCAGGGUCCCGGGACAGAAGGUCUCGAUCCCCAGACAGAAGGUCACGGUCCCCAAGGCCUAGCAAACUGCACAACUCUAAGGUAAACAGGAGAGAGAGGGACCAGACUAAGAGCCCAUCACCUAAAAAGGGGGUCUAUCAGAGGCGGCAUGCUCCUGGAUAUACCAGAAAACUCUCAGCGGAGGAACUGGAACGAAAACGACAGGAGAUGAUGGAAAAUGCCAAGUGGAGGGAGGAGGAGAGACUGAACAUCCUCAAGAGGCAUGCUAGGGAGGACGAACGGGAGCAGAGGCUGGAGAAGCUAGACUCUGGGGAUGGGAAGUUCAUCCACCGCAUGAAGCUAGAGAGUGCAUCUACUUCCUCCCUGGAGGAUCGGGUGAAACGGAAUAUCCACUCUCUGCAGAGAACCUCAGUGGCUCUGGAGAAGAACUUUAUGAAAAGAUGAAAACCAUUCUUUUUCUUACUGGUUUUCCUGAAUUUUCCAGGGAGGCUGCCUUAACCCCUUAAAAAUUCUCUUUAUAAGAGUUCAGUGACUUCUUCCGCAGAUGUCAAACCACCACUGUUCAAAGUGAUCCUCGUCCAUCAAUUUCUGAAAUACCUUACUUCCUUUGCGAAUCAGUGUGACCUGAUUGUGGGAUCCUAAGUAGCUCUUGCAGAGUGCUACUUAGUACUUUUGCACACUUAUCCAGAGUGGGUUUUGACUCUGUGUGUUAAUGGGUGGGCACUGAGCCAUGCCAUUGGAGUACUCAUCUUGCUUUGGA